AUGUCGACUGCAGGGAUGAAGAAUAACCGGAAACGAUACAAUAUUAUCUUCGUCCACCCCGACCUCGGCAUUGGCGGCGCAGAACGCCUGAUCCUCGACGCUGCGCUUUCCCUCCAAGCCCUCGGCCACAAGAUAACCAUCUACACCUCCCACCGAGACAAGAGCCAUUGCUUCGAUGAAGCUCGCGAUGGAACACUGGACGUGCGCGUACACGGCGACAAGCUGUUUCCAGCACAUAUCAAGGGCCGAUUCCAUGUGCUGAUGGCCAUACUACGCCAGCUCAGUCUGGUCUACUACCUCUCCGAAAGCACGAGUACCAACGAAGACGAAGACGAAGACGACGUAUUCAUAGUCGACCAGGUUCCGGCCUGCGUUCCUGUCCUUCGAGUAUUACGAGAUAUAACGAGCCGGAAACCACGGAAGAAGAAACAACGGACUCUAUUCUACUGUCAUUUCCCUGACCAGUUACUUGCGCGGCGAGGGGAAGGGGGCCUAGCAUUGAGAGCUCUGAAGAUGCUAUACCGUUUCCCAUUCGACUGGUUCGAGGGUUGGGCUAUGAACGGCGCAGAUAGAAUUGUAGUCAAUUCCCGGUUUACCAAGGGAGUAGUGCGGGAGGUAUUUGGGAAUACUGGGAGAGAUGUACAGGUUGUUUAUCCAUGUGUGGACACGAAGAGAAAGGAAACAUCAGAUGUGCUAAAGAUCGAUCAUGGAGAGCUAUGGGGUGGGUUGAAGAUACUGUUGAGCAUUAAUCGGUUUGAGAGGAAGAAGAAUAUCGAGCUUGCGAUACGCGCUUAUCAUGGCAUCGCGGAGGCGGACAGAAAAGGCACUAGGCUGGUGAUUGCUGGUGGCUAUGAUAAUCGAGUAUCUGAAAACGUACAGUAUCAUAAAGAGCUAGAUGCGCUUGCAACUCAACUCGGUUUCCAAACAGCUACCUCUCAAACAGUCGUAUCAGCCAUGUCUGUCCCAGACUCGAUAAAUGUUCUGUUCCUCCUCUCCGUCCCGUCCGCAUUUAAAGAAACGUUGCUCUCCUCCUCGAGCUUGCUGCUAUACACCCCAUCGUACGAACACUUCGGUAUUGUCCCCGUGGAGGCAAUGUAUGCUGGCCUACCGGUUCUUGCAGAUAACACUGGCGGGCCCCUAGAGACCAUCGUCGAGGGGAAAACCGGCUGGCUCAGAUCAUCGAAGGAGAUCUCAGGCUGGACAGAGGUCAUCAACUAUGUUCUGCAGCGUAUGUUGACGGCGGAGCGUCUUGAAAUGGCCAACUAUGCAAAGCAGCGGGUUGAAAAGGAAUUCUCCCUCCACGCCAUGGGCGAGAGACUCCAAGAUCAAAUUGACGAGAUGGUCCAAGCCGAAUCUCGCGCAUUUCUCCCACUUGGGGCAAUGCUUGGACUUGGCCUUGUCCUCGGCGUGGUAUCUGCACUUCUCAUCUGGCUGGCCAUGAGUUGA